AUGGUUGGAUGGUUGUGCAAUAUGUAUUUAAGAGUAAAUAGAAACAGACAUCGAGGUAAACACAAUGGAAGGAAAUGGAACAGAACAUCUAGCAUAAAGCUUCACCUAAGCAUUAAAAAUCACGAUUUGUUAUUCUGUUUGGAUAUCCGAUCAGAAGUAGAAAGAAAAAGGCAAAGUACAUCGAUUUCAAUUGCAACAUAUGUCGAUAUGUUGAGAAUUUUUUUCCCAUUUGGUGGUCUCUCAUCUGGUUUUAUUACGCAACAUUUACAAGCAUUUGUUAGCUGUUCUCUGAGGGACAAGCAUGAUAAUGACGCGCAAUCAUUCAUCGUCCCUUUUUUCUGUUUUAAAACAAACAAUGACAUCACACCAUAA